AAAACUCUGGUCGUCGCCGAAGAAGCCUGUUAGCCCACGCGUAUGGACCCUCGCAAACCUCGGCCUCCCUCAGCCCCUCCCUAGGGGGUGCCCCACUCCACUGUCUGGGCACUGGACGGAUAAACAGCUCGGGCUUACGCAGGUCCUGUGGCCUUUGCUUUCAACUUCGCUAUAAGACAUCAUGUCGGACGCUGUCUUCAUCAGAACCACACGCAGUGCACCUCCAAGUUACAGUGUUGCACUUCAACAUUCAAUGCAGGAAGAAGAACCCCCAAGAGUUGUACCGGAAGGACCAAGGCUGGUGGUGUUAGCGCCCCAGGCCAAUUCAUCGACUGAUACCCUCGUUGGAGCCACCGCAAGAGACCAUUCAGCUAACGUAGAAACAAGAGGGCCAUUCACAUUUUCACCCUUUGGUCCAAACGCUAUGCUGCUUUUGCCUCAUGCGCUCUCUUCAAAUUCACGUCCUUUAUAUCACAUAUCUGUCUCGAACGACUGCUUCAGACCUCAGAUAUGCACCACAACCAUUCGCAAAGGAACAGAGCAAGGUCAGAUAAUCGCAGAAAUUCAGUUUGGUUUUCCGAAUUUCCCUCGACGAUCUUCUACUAAUCCUUCAUGACAUCCAUCGUCCGUUCACGGUCGAUAUCACACGAAGAUGGAUAU